AUGGGUGGAGCCGAGUCAGCCGAGGUCAGUCCUAAGCAGAGAAAGGUGGAAGCGGCCGGUGACAAGCCGACUGCUGUUAAGAAACAAGGGAAGGACGUGACAAGUGGCGUGACAACGCACGCGACCACCUCUGCUGUGGCUUUAGAGGACGUGCACGUCACGGACUUUGAGGCUGAAAGCGAAAAGAAAAGCGCCGCCAUGGAGGCCAAAGCGUCCCACGAACCGAGGACGGAGCCGCUCCAGUCCAGCAAGGUGACGGUCGAUGUUGAAAACGUCAAGACUGAGAUAUUUCGUACAGUGAUGCUUGAUGGGUGCGUGGAGAUUAAGACGGUCAAGACGACACGACGCACGACAAAGUCGGCUACGGGGGAGCCUGUCGAGACUAUUGAAGUGGAGACGACCACGGAAACGGAAGGUCCAGAUGGAUCCAAAACAACCUCAGUGCGUAAUGAGACGUUGUCACCUAGUGAAAGCGAGAGCGCACGCCGCAUCAUCGAUACGGGCAACAAUACAAACCAGUUCAACGAUGUGACUAAAACGACGGAGGUAUUCGAGUCUCAGGAUGCUGACGGCAGCAUCGUGACGAAGACGGUGCGGACGACGACACGCACUUCGACGUUGGCCAGCGGUGAGGUAGUGAAGACGGUUGACGUGGAAACGACCACGGAGACGGAGACGACUACGGGUGAGAAGAGCGUUACGGUGGAGAUGGAGACGCGCGAGGAGACUGACGUGGAGGAAGGCAGUCUGACGACGAUAAUUGGCCGUACCGCGACGUCCAUGCCAGGUGCUCGUGUGAUCCGCUCGACCGUGGAGGCCGGCGCAGCUCCAGGCGAGUCAGUGCAGACGGAGGUGUUCGAGUCUCAAGAAGCUGACGGCAGCAUCGUGACGAAGACGGUGCGGACGACGACACGCACUUCGACGUUGGCCAGCGGUGAGGUAGUGAAGACGGUUGACGUGGAAACGACCACGGAGACGGAGACGACUACGGGUGAGAAGAGCGUUACGGUGGAGACGGAGACGCGCGAAGAGACUGACGUGGAGGAAGGCAGUCUGACGACGAUAAUUGGCCGUACCGCGACGUCCAUGCCAGGUGCUCGUGUGAUCCGCUCGACCGUGGAGGCCGGCGCAGCUCCAGGCGAGUCAGUGCAGACGGAUGUGUUCGAGUCUCAGGAUGCUGACGGCAGCAUCGUGACGAAGACGGUGCGGACGACGACACGCACUUCGACGUUGGCCAGCGGUGAGGUAGUGAAGACGGUUGACGUGGAAACGACCACGGAGACGGAGACGACUACGGGUGAGAAGAGCGUUACGGUGGAGACGGAGACGCGCGAGGAGACUGACGUGGAGGAAGGCAGUCUGACGACGAUAAUUGGCCGUACCGCGACGUCCAUGCCAGGUGCUCGUGUGAUCCGCUCGACCGUGGAGGCCGGCGCAGCUCCAGGCGAGUCAGUGCAGACGGAGGUGUUCGAGUCUCAAGAAGCUGACGGCAGCAUCGUGACGAAGACGACGGAGACGACUACGGGUGAGAAGAGCGUUACGGUGGAGACGGAGACGCGCGAGGAGACUGACGUGGAGGAAGGCAGUCUGACGACGAUAAUUGGCCGUACCGCGACGUCCAUGCCAGGUGCUCGUGUGAUCCGCUCGACCGUGGAGGCCGGCGCAGCUCCAGGCGAGUCAGUGCAGACGGAGGUGUUCGAGUCUCAGGAUGCUGACGGCAGCAUCGUGACGAAGACGGUGCGGACGACGACACGCACUUCGACGUUGGCCAGCGGUGAGGUAGUGAAGACGGUUGACGUGGAAACGACCACGGAGACGGAGACGACUACGGGUGAGAAGAGCGUUACGGUGGAGACGGAGACGCGCGAAGAGACUGACGUGGAGGAAGGCAGUCUGACGACGAUAAUUGGCCGUACCGCGACGUCCAUGCCAGGUGCUCGUGUGAUCCGCUCGACCGUGGAGGCCGGCGCAGCUCCAGGCGAGUCAGUGCAGACGGAUGUGUUCGAGUCUCAGGAUGCUGACGGCAGCAUCGUGACGAAGACGGUGCGGACGACGACACGCACUUCGACGUUGGCCAGCGGUGAGGUAGUGAAGACGGUUGACGUGGAAACGACCACGGAGACGGAGACGACUACGGGUGAGAAGAGCGUUACGGUGGAGACGGAGACGCGCGAAGAGACUGACGUGGAGGAAGGCAGUCUGACGACGAUAAUUGGCCGUACCGCGACGUCCAUGCCAGGUGCUCGUGUGAUCCGCUCGACCGUGGAGGCCGGCGCAGCUCCAGGCGAGUCAGUGCAGACGGAUGUGUUCGAGUCUCAGGAUGCUGACGGCAGCAUCGUGACGAAGACGGUGCGGACGACGACACGCACUUCGACGUUGGCCAGCGGUGAGGUAGUGAAGACGGUUGACGUGGAAACGACCACGGAGACGGAGACGACUACGGGUGAGAAGAGCGUUACGGUGGAGACGGAGACGCGCGAAGAGACUGACGUGGAGGAAGGCAGUCUGACGACGAUAAUUGGCCGUACCGCGACGUCCAUGCCAGGUGCUCGUGUGAUCCGCUCGACCGUGGAGGCCGGCGCAGCUCCAGGCGAGUCAGUGCAGACGGAUGUGUUCGAGUCUCAGGAUGCUGACGGCAGCAUCGUGACGAAGACGGUGAAGGCAACAACGCGCCCGACGACGUUGGCCAGCGGUGAGGUAGUGAAGACGGUUGACGUGGAAACGACCACGGAGACGGAGACGACUACGGGUGAGAAGAGCGUUACGGUGGAGACGGAGACGCGCGAGGAGACUGACGUGGAGGAAGGCAGUCUGACGACGAUAAUUGGCCGUACCGCGACGUCCAUGCCAGGUGCUCGUGUGAUCCGCUCGACCGUGGAGGCCGGCGCAGCUCCAGGCGAGUCAGUGCAGACGGAUGUGUUCGAGUCUCAGGAUGCUGACGGCAGCAUCGUGACGAAGACGGUGCGGACGACGACACGCACUUCGACGUUGGCCAGCGGUGAGGUAGUGAAGACGGUUGACGUGGAAACGACCACGGAGACGGAGACGACUACGGGUGAGAAGAGCGUUACGGUGGAGACGGAGACGCGCGAAGAGACUGACGUGGAGGAAGGCAGUCUGACGACGAUAAUUGGCCGUACCGCGACGUCCAUGCCAGGUGCUCGUGUGAUCCGCUCGACCGUGGAGGCCGGCGCAGCUCCAGGCGAGUCAGUGCAGACGGAGGUAUUCGAGUCUCAGGAUGCUGACGGCAGCAUCGUGACGAAGACGGUGAAGGCAACAACGCGCCCGACGACGUUGGCCAGCGGUGAGGUAGUGAAGACGGUUGACGUGGAAACGACCACGGAGACGGAGACGACUACGGGUGAGAAGAGCGUUACGGUGGAGACGGAGACGCGCGAAGAGACUGACGUGGAGGAAGGCAGUCUGACGACGAUAAUUGGCCGUACCGCGACGUCCAUGCCAGGUGCUCGUGUGAUCCGCUCGACCGUGGAGGCCGGCGCAGCUCCAGGCGAGUCAGUGCAGACGGAUGUGUUCGAGUCUCAGGAUGCUGACGGCAGCAUCGUGACGAAGACGGUGCGGACGACGACACGCACUUCGACGUUGGCCAGCGGUGAGGUAGUGAAGACGGUUGACGUGGAAACGACCACGGAGACGGAGACGACUACGGGUGAGAAGAGCGUUACGGUGGAGACGGAGACGCGCGAAGAGACUGACGUGGAGGAAGGCAGUCUGACGACGAUAAUUGGCCGUACCGCGACGUCCAUGCCAGGUGCUCGUGUGAUCCGCUCGACCGUGGAGGCCGGCGCAGCUCCAGGCGAGUCAGUGCAGACGGAUGUGUUCGAGUCUCAAGAAGCUGACGGCAGCAUCGUGACGAAGACGGUGAAGGCAACAACGCGCCCGACGACGUUGGCCAGCGGUGAGGUAGUGAAGACGGUUGACGUGGAAACGACCACGGAGACGGAGACGACUACGGGUGAGAAGAGCGUUACGGUGGAGACGGAGACGCGCGAGGAGACUGACGUGGAGGAAGGCAGUCUGACGACGAUAAUUGGCCGUACCGCGACGUCCAUGCCAGGUGCUCGUGUGAUCCGCUCGACCGUGGAGGCCGGCGCAGCUCCAGGCGAGUCAGUGCAGACGGAUGUGUUCGAGUCUCAGGAAGCUGACGGCAGCAUCGUGACGAAGACGGUGAAGGCAACAACGCGCCCGACGACGUUGGCCAGCGGUGAGGUAGUGAAGACGGUUGACGUGGAAACGACCACGGAGACGGAGACGACUACGGGUGAGAAGAGCGUUACGGUGGAGACGGAGACGCGCGAGGAGACUGACGUGGAGGAAGGCAGUCUGACGACGAUAAUUGGCCGUACCGCGACGUCCAUGCCAGGUGCUCGUGUGAUCCGCUCGACCGUGGAGGCCGGCGCAGCUCCAGGCGAGUCAGUGCAGACGGAUGUGUUCGAGUCUCAGGAAGCUGACGGCAGCAUCGUGACGAAGACGGUGAAGGCAACAACGCGCCCGACGACGUUGGCCAGCGGUGAGGUAGUGAAGACGGUUGACGUGGAAACGACCACGGAGACGGAGACGACUACGGGUGAGAAGAGCGUUACGGUGGAGACGGAGACGCGCGAAGAGACUGACGUGGAGGAAGGCAGUCUGACGACGAUAAUUGGCCGUACCGCGACGUCCAUGCCAGGUGCUCGUGUGAUCCGCUCGACCGUGGAGGCCGGCGCAGCUCCAGGCGAGUCAGUGCAGACGGAGGUGUUCGAGUCUCAGGAUGCUGACGGCAGCAUCGUGACGAAGACGGUGCGGACGACGACACGCACUUCGACGUUGGCCAGCGGUGAGGUAGUGAAGACGGUUGACGUGGAAACGACCACGGAGACGGAGACGACUACGGGUGAGAAGAGCGUUACGGUGGAGACGGAGACGCGCGAAGAGACUGACGUGGAGGAAGGCAGUCUGACGACGAUAAUUGGCCGUACCGCGACGUCCAUGCCAGGUGCUCGUGUGAUCCGCUCGACCGUGGAGGCCGGCGCAGCUCCAGGCGAGUCAGUGCAGACGGAGGUAUUCGAGUCUCAGGAUGCUGACGGCAGCAUCGUGACGAAGACGGUGCGGACGACGACACGCACUUCGACGUUGGCCAGCGGUGAGGUAGUGAAGACGGUUGACGUGGAAACGACCACGGAGACGGAGACGACUACGGGUGAGAAGAGCGUUACGGUGGAGACGGAGACGCGCGAAGAGACUGACGUGGAGGAAGGCAGUCUGACGACGAUAAUUGGCCGUACCGCGACGUCCAUGCCAGGUGCUCGUGUGAUCCGCUCGACCGUGGAGGCCGGCGCAGCUCCAGGCGAGUCAGUGCAGACGGAGCAUCGUGACGAAGACGGUGAGGACAACGACACGCGCCCGACGACGUUGGCCAGCGGUGAGGUAGUGAAGACGGUUGACGUGGAAACGACCACGGAGACGGAGACGACUACGGGUGAGAAGAGCGUUACGGUGGAGACGGAGACGCGCGAGGAGACUGACGUGGAGGAAGGCAGUCUGACGACGAUAAUUGGCCGUACCGCGACGUCCAUGCCAGGUGCUCGUGUGAUCCGCUCGACCGUGGAGGCCGGCGCAGCUCCAGGCGAGUCAGUGCAGACGGAGGUGUUCGAGUCUCAAGAAGCUGACGGCAGCAUCGUGACGAAGACGGUGAAGGCGACGACGCGCCCGACGACGUUGGCCAGCGGUGAGGUAGUGAAGACGGUUGACGUGGAAACGACCACGGAGACGGAGACGACUACGGGUGAGAAGAGCGUUACGGUGGAGACGGAGACGCGCGAGAGAGACUGA